CGCCCAAACCAAAGACAUAAUUCCUUAGAAACCUCGGCUUUUGCCCCCACAAAUGGUAAGUGCUUAGAUCCGAUAGGAAGGAAGGAGAGAAAAUGAGCGCACAGCUGAGAAAAAAGAUUCAGAAGAAGUUCAAGAUCAGAGGAUACAGCCUCAAAAUCGAAGCUCUCGACGAGGUCCUCUCUUUCCUCAGAAGCUUCCCGGACGCCGAAGACGAGGCCGUCGAUCUCCUCCUCGACAAUCUCGAACAUGAAUCCUUGAAAUCCUCCAUAAUUGACAAGGAGCCGUUGCAGAAGGUUGUCAGUCUUUUACUGGAAGCUGAAGGCGUCGUCGCAGAGGAAUGCCCUAGCUCCGUCUCCAGUCAUUCUGCGCUUCGAAUUAUUGAUGUCUUUUUUGUACCCAAGUUUCGAUUCGACCCCAUCAAGAAACACUUCUACGAGCAUACUGGCAGGCUACCCAUCCAUGGUGAGGCUUCUGCAAAAGCUGGUUUGUACAGGGAUAGAUUUCUCUUGCUGUAUCAGAGGGUUUCUCGUGAUAUGCAUUUCAUCAAACCUGCAUUUGAUACUGAAAUGUCUAAUUUUGGAGGCUGUGAGUUAUCUACCAUCCAGUCUCUAGUUGGGCAAAGUGGGAGAAGAUGGGUCAUGGGUGUUAUCUCGCAGUUGGAGGAUGGCCAUUUCUACUUAGAAGAUCUUACCGCUGCUGUAGAAGUUGACUUGUCUAAAGCAAUAUCCUUUAUAUGAUUUAUGCAAUAUCUAUGUUUUCUCUAAGGUAGAAUCUCUGGUGUGUCCCAUGAAUUGAAGAACCAAGCUGUUUCCUUAAUUUUUUUUCCCACCUAGUUAUAAAAUCAAAUGCUGGAACUAUGGUAAUCUACUUGUAAUCAUGUUGUUUGAAUUUAGAGCCAAAAUGUUUCUCCUUAUCCAGAUCUCAUUUGCUGGUUACAUGAAAAAUAAGAGAAGUUUAGAAACCAUAGAUUGGAGUAGCUCUUUUGAAGCAUCUCUUGUACUGAAGCUAGUUGGGGAAUUUUCAGUUUUAGUAUUCUAGUGACACGAACCUUUCCUCUCAAACAAAUGAAAAUUUCCUAGAGAU